UGCAUCCCAUGCAGCAGUCUUCACCAGCAUCUAGUCGUUGCAUCGCGGGAGGAGUCUCAGCCUGUUUUGCGCGUCUUCCGUGGCACAAUGACCGGAUUCCCGUAGGCGAUACCCAGCGACGUCUGCCCACCUGGAAGAUGCUGGGAUGAAGCAUCUUUUGAGCGUUUCCUUUUGGGCUCCGGCCGGACUUCUUUCGUUUGGAUGAUGCGCAGAGGGGUUCUCGGUGUCUUUGUGUUUCACCCAGAUUUGGAAACCCCCCAUCCCAUCAGGAGAUCCAUGCCACGAGUUUUGUACCGUUGUCAUCAUGUCCCCAGCAUCGGCUGCAACGGCCAGUGAAAGCAGCACCACCACCGUCCCCGAAGAGGAGUCGGACACCCCCCGAGAGGAGCAGCGGCCCCAGAAUCAGUCCCUGACUAAAUCAUUGUGCCAGGAAACGCACUGGAAAUGCCUGCUGCUGUCCCUGCUGAUGUACGGCUGCGUGGGGGUGAUCGCCUGGUGCCAGGUGACCAAGGUCACGCGCCUCUCCUUCGAUAGCGCCUACAAGGGAAAGUCUAUGAUGUAUCACGACAGUCCCUGCUCCAACGGCUACAUCUACAUCCCUUUGGCCUUCCUGGUAAUGCUCUACGUGGUCUACCUGGUGGAGUGUUGGCACUGCUACACAAGAAACGAGCUGCAGUACAAGGUGGAUGUGGACAGUGUGGCAGAGCGCAUCCAACGAAUGCAGCAGGCCACGCCCUGCAUCUGGUGGAAGGCCAUUAGCUACCAUUAUGUCAGGAGGACGCGACAGGUGACACGCUACCGCAAUGGAGAUGCCUACACCACCACACAGGUCUACCACGAGCGAGUCAACACCCACGUGGCUGAGGCGGAGUUUGACUACGGGAACUGUGGGGUUAAGGACAUCUCAAAGCACCUGCUGGGCCUGGAGGGGUUCCCCAUGACCAGGCUGAGGUUCACCAAGUGCUUCAGCUUUGCCAAUGUGGAGUCAGAGAACUCCUAUCUGACCCAGCGGGCUAGAUUCUUCACAGAGAAUGAGGGCCUGGAUGACUACAUGGAGGCCCGUGAGGGGAUGCAUCUGAAGAAUGUAGACUUUAAGGAGUAUAUGAUUGCCUUUUCUGACCCUAAUCACCUUCCCUGGUAUGCAUCCAACUCCACUUUCUGGACGGCAGCUGCUUUCACCCUCUCCUGGCCUCUGCGGGUGCUGACAGAGUACCGCACUGCCUGUGUACACUACCACAUAGAGAAGCUGUUUGGCUUUGACUAUGUGCCAGUAACACCCUCUGAGGAGCGGCCGUAUUGCCGACACAUCCCACGAGUCAACACAAUCGACAGCACGGAGCUGGAGUGGCACAUCCGCUCCAACCAGCAGCUGGUACCCAGCUACUCAGAGGCAGUUCUCAUGGACCUGGCCCAGCUCUCAGGGAGUUCCAACAGCUACUCCAUGUGCGGAGGCUACGGUAGCUACAGGCAGAACUGUGAACGCUGCCACCGUGCCAUCAGCAGCUCUUCCAUCUUCUCUCGCAGCGCCCUCAGCAUCUGCAACACGGGGAGCCCCCGCAUCCCCUUCAGUGCCAGCCGCUUCUCGCUGGGUCGGUUGUACGGCUCCAGGCGGAGUUGCCUGUUCAGGAGCAGCGGGAGCCUGAAUGAGCAGCCCUGCCCCACAGAGAGCACACACUGCCUGUCAGGCCAGCAGACCACUGAGGAGAACCCUCCAGCCUACCAGGACGCUCUGUACUUCCCAGUGCUCAUUGUACAUCGCAACGAAGGCUGCCUCAACCACGACCACCGCUCCCUGCACAGAAACGGCUCCUGUGUGGAAACUUCUCUAUGACCCACCUGAGCAUAGGGAUAUUAAGCUACAGCAACAGGGUGAGAGACCUUUUUACACCAGGGUUGGGCUAAUAUUGACUUCUGUUUGUCACUUUUACAACAGGGACAGUUACGACAAACAAGGAUUUGUUCAAGUUUCUAAAAAUGCUGUCCCUCAAACAAACAGGAAAUGAAGAUUAUCUGGGAAAGUCCUUAGAGUACAGUCAAUAAGUCAGGGUAAAACAGACUUGAUGCUAUUAAUGAGACUGUUGUUUAAAAUACAAUGCGCCUUUAAAGGACCAAACUGCCAAAGUGUACUGUCCUGUGGCGUUCAUAAGGACAAGAGUCCUAAUAACCAAGGAAUACCAAGAGGAGUCACUUCCUACUGUAAAUGCCAUGUUUGUAGAUCUUAGUCACGGACGAUUUACAAGGACGAGUAACAAGUAUUUGAAGCCUAACAUAGGUUUUGACUCAGCAGUCGCCUAAGAAAUUGCCAAGAAAUGAAAGGGAUAUGACAAUUAAUGGACGCCUGAAUAGGAAAUGAAGAAAUAUUGGGGAAAAUCAUAGACUCGCACAUCAUGUGGGUCAUG